AACUACGAUAACUCCCUCGUUCAGCCCGCCGAGUUCAAGCCAUUCUCCUUCAUCUACAACACCGUCGAGCGCGUCGUCAUAUGUCCCACAUGUGACUGCAUCGUUCUGGAUAUCUGGAGGCAUCUCAAGCGCGGCGAACACAAGAUCAAGGGCGAGGCUAUCAAAGCCGACAAGGAACAGAUCAAAGCAUUCCGCAAGAAGCUCGUGGAGCUGGGCGCCGCCUCCGACACUCCCACCAUGGCCCCGUCUAUGGACCCUCGCCCUUUCAUCGCCGGCCUCAGCGUCAUGUGGGCGUUCCCUUGCACCCACUGCACUUUCGCCCGGAAAGAGCGUCGCCACACCGCCGAUCACGUCAAGUUCAAGCCCUGUCAUCCCGCCGCUGCCGUCGGCGCCGAACGCAUUCAAGUGCAGCGUCCUUACAACACAUUCUUCGUACGCGUCGCCCUCCCUCCUUCCACCACAAACCCCGUCCUAUCCUCCUUCCUCCAUUUCGAAUCUGCGCAAGCUUCCGCUCCGAAGGAAGAACCCAUCGACACUCGCUUCGUCAGUCCGCUCCUACUCAG